AGCCCCGCCCCAAGAGGAGGAGGAGGAGGAGGAGGAAAGGAAGAAGGCGAGGAAGCUGCCCUAGCAACGGCGACGGCCCCAGCAACAAGGAAGUUUGUCCAAUGGAAAGCGCGGGAAACCGCCCGUCGGCUCCCUCUUUUGCGCGCGCAAAGCCACUCCUCUUCGGAAGCGGCUGCGGGGCUGCAGCUGCUCUCCUCCCCACGCUCUCUUCUUAGAGAACAGACAAAGAGAAAAUGGGAAGAAAGGCUAAAGGAUAUUGAGGAGCUAGCAUCUUCGUAUAAACGACGGCCUCUCUGUCCACGUUACAAACCGCAGUUGUCCAAACCAUGGCAAGCAACCCCAGUUUGGAAGCUAUUUCAUCGGCAAACUCAAGCAUUUAACUUUGCCAAAACUUGUAAACAGGAUGUUCAUGUAUUUGCUUUGGAAAAGAAUGCAGAAAACAAGCAAAGGAUUUAUCUUGUGACAACAUACACAGAGCUUUGGUUUUAUUAUAGAACAUAUAAUGAAACAAGCCUUAUGCAUUGUUAUGAGGUUAUUCCAGAAGAAGCUGUUUGCAAACUUUACUUUGAUUUGGAAUUCUACAUACCAGCUAAUCAAGAAGCUGAUGGGAAACAGAUGGUAGCAGACUUGAUAGAGUUCAUUUGUAAAAAAAUUGAUGAACACUAUGGAAUAAAAUGUUCAGUUGAAGAUGUUUUGAAUCUGGAUUCCAGCACCAAAGAAAAAUUUAGUUGCCACUUAAUAUUUUUGCUCCACAAUGCUGCAUUUAAGAAUAAUAUUCAUAUAGGUAACUUUUUAAGAAAAAUUUUGCAACCUGCUGUUCUUUUAACUAGGAAAAGAGACACAAUGGUUCCAGAGAAACAGGUGGUUUCUCAUUCUCAGAGUUGCAAAGCUGCCACUGAUUUGCCCAGCUCUCUUGAAAACCAGACUGUCACCAAGGAUGUGUCUCAUAGUAGGCAACUUAGCGCAAACGGUUCUUUGGGAAAUGGUGCAUCUCAAUGGAAAGAAAAUCCAGAUCUUUCUUUUCUAAUAGUGAAUGGUAAACAUGGAGAAAAGCAGUUGUUCGUAGAUCUUGGAGUAUAUACAAAGAACAGAAACUUUCGCUUAUACAAGUCUUCAAAAGCAGGAAACUCUGUUGUUUUGGACAUUGCUGAAGAUAACAGAUUUGUUCCUGAACCAGUAAAGAAUUCUUGCAUAGAAGAGCAGUAUUUCCUUUCCUCUUUGAUCUGUAAUGUAAGAUAUUCAGACAGUUUAAAAAUUUUGUCCAGUGACAACCCAAAGGAGACAAAAGAAAAAUCUACGGAUUUAGAUGGCAGUGUUUCUAAUGGCUGUCUGGACCCCAUAGGAGGAUAUCAGUGCUCACCUUAUCCAGAAAUUGAUAACUUCGUUCUCUCUUUGGUCAAUAAAGAUAAUGUUCAAGGAGGGAUAAGAAGAUGGAACUAUUUUUCUCUUGAGCAACUUCUUGUAUAUGACAUCUCCAAGUAUCGCUGGUGCAUGAAUAUUGGCAGAGCUCACAAAAGUAACAAUAUAAUGAUUGUAAUAGAUUUGAAAAGUGAGAAUUGGUAUCAAAAAUGCCAUGACCCUGUUUGCAGAGCAGAAAACUUCAAGUCAGAAUGUUUUCCACUACCAGCUGAGGUAUGCCUCCCAUUUCUUUUCAAAGAGGAUGAAGAAUAUGUGUAUAUAAUGGAUGAAAAUGGAAAUAUUGAGGAAAAAGCAAACACACACCACAACCUUACAGAAAGAAAAUCUUUAACGACAACACAUGAAAAUAGAGAGCUGAACACCAAGAAAAGCUCAAGUAUCACAGGAGAUAAUGAAAAUGACAUCCGCUUUUUGGAAGCUGCUGAGGAUAUAGAACUAGCUGAAGCUGCUGAAACAUUUCAGCCUUGGAGUACAGAUGAAAUACCUGAUGAACUCCUAAUAGAGGUUUCAAGAAAACACAAAGGAGAUGAAACAAAAAAGUAACUCUACUUUAAUAAAU